CAACAACAACAACUGCAUGCUUAUUUUGUGUUGAAGUUUUGUAGCCCACCUUUCUCAGAAGUCUCGGCAGUGACUAAUAAUGUAAAGAUUUCAAACAAUGAGAAUGUAAACAGAUACAAACACAGCAUUAAUUUACAAACACAAACACAGGAGCAGCCAAGACUUAAAUCAGAACCAUGAGCAGCAGAGCUUGCAGAGGGAUUGGGUGCAGGGUGUGGGGGGGAAAACCUGUUGGAAUAAAAAGAUUGUUAGCUGCUGCAGCAAACCAACAGGGAGGCGCUAGCCAUAUUCCAAGUGGCGUGAGUUCCAUAGGGUGCUUUCCUAUCCCCAAUGGUUCUUCUCUUAGCAGGAUCAGUCCUUAUUUUCCAGUAGGCGGAGUUUGACUCUCAGCUCACUAGCUGCACCUGGGCUCAAUCUCACUCUCUUUCUCUUUCUCUUGGAAGCAGUCAGGGAAAUGCCUUGGAGCAGAGGGGGCUUGUGGACUGCACUGCCAUCGACUGAGUGGAGGAGAAGAGGUUAAAGGAGAGGACACUUGCCCUGAGGUGAUGCCAAAAGGAUGGGAGUUCUCUUGCAACAAGAGGGGUUUUGGAACCAGCCUACUUCACAGGGCUGUUGUGAGGAUGACACUGGAAAAGGAUCUCUGUAGGCUGUGCAGCCUCCUUCAACAAAAGGCCAGGGAGAAAAGCAGAAGAAAAGAGAGGAUUGAUGGCGUAACCGAAGAACCGAAAAAGAGCCCUUCUGGAUGAGAGCAAAGGCCCAUCAGCUUCACCACCCACUUUCUACAAAGCCUGCAGAGCCCAGCCUGGAGGACCACCUGCGUGGGAAGAAACACCAGCGCCUGGAGCACCUCCGCACCGCCCGCCCAGCCCAGGAGCAACGCAGUGUCUUUGUCAGGGGCUUCCGCAAGGGCACGCCGGCCUCGGAGCGGAGCGACUACUUCCAGGCCUACGGAGAGGUGGUCGACGUGGUGAUGGACAAAGAGAAGACUUCAAGGGAGCAAGAGAGGCCAGGAACGCGGAGGAAGCCAAGCUGCACUACGUCCGGAGGGGGCCGGAAAUCUGUCAGGAAACCUCGACUCUCAGAAGCUGGAAUUGCACCCUCCUAAGAUACACACACACACUCCCCGGGCUGUGUCUGCAGAGACCAACACUGUGACCGUGGAGUGAAGAGGCAGAGCUUGGGGGGGCGAGGAGGGGGACAGGCCUCCUCCUUAUGCCCCGAACAGCUCCAUUCAUGCCGGAACAGGACUGUGUGUCAGGAAGGCUUUGUAGCCAAUAACACUCUUGUGCAGUUGUUAACAAUAGCCUGUGUGUGUCUGUCCUGGAAACUUCUUGGUCAGGUAACAUGCACGUUUGUGUGUGUGUGUGUUUGAUAACUGAUUGGCUUGAGUUUUUCGAGCUUUGCUUUGUACAAAUAUCUUGAGCUUGCUGGUUUGCCCAAGUGCCAUUGGAUCGGAAACAAACUGCAUUUGUGUAUUGUUUAGCACUAAGAUCCACAAAGUGUCAAUUCCUUGAAGGGCAUUUUGGCUUCUGAUACAUCAGUGAGUGGGAAAAAUUGGUUUAUCUGCUGCUUAUAUCUGUUAGGUUUUUCUAAUUAUUUUUAAACUUAACUCUUACAACUCUGAAAGCUUUGUAACUUUAAAAAGUGGUUCUAGCUUAGUCUUAACUUGUAUUUUAUUGGUUUACUUUAUAUUGUCUCAUAUUAAUGUUGUGAGCCCCUGAAGCAGUAAGGUACGGGGUGGGUAUUGCACAAAAUACUCUUGAUGCAAAUGAAAUUGAAAUAAAAGUUAAAGAUGAUGUACUGAGAAAAAAUGCAAAUCGGAUCAGCUUGACAUGUGUAUGGCCCGGGAUUGUGGGUGAAUAUCUAGAAGGAUGUUUUGAGAGCCAUGUUGAGUCAUUGUUGUAGCAUCAACACUGCAUGUUUUAGAUUGUAAGCCCUUUGGGGACAGAGAUCCAUCUUAUUUAUUUAUUUCUCUGUGUAAACCGCCCUCAGUCAUUUUGGGAAGGGCGGCAUAGAAACUGAAUAAUAAUAAAAAUAAAAAUCUUUAACAUGC